AUGGCCUGUGGCCGUGUCAGUGUCAUCGGGCGAUGUCAGCCGUACGUCUUCGGAGGACGGGGUCUGGCGUCCCUCCGUGCUUUGCCGCCCCUGCCAGGUCUGCCCCUUGGCCGGGACGGAAAGGACAUUGCUCUCUCCGUCACGGUUUUUGCCGAGGGAAGAGCCGUGCCCUGCUCGGGACGGGGCUCCUUCUCCCUAGGGGCUGAGAGCCAGCGCUCGCUGACCGUCAUUCCUCAGCCCAUCAAGGCUCCUGAGUCUGUAUCCACUAUAAUUACAGCAGAAUCGAUCUUUUAUAAGGGUGUGUACUAUCAAAUUGGAGAUGUUGUUUCAGUGGUUGAUGAGCAGGAUGGAAAAACAUACUACGCUCAGAUCCGUGGGUUUAUUCAGGACCAAUACUGUGAAAAGAGUGCUGCGCUAACCUGGCUCAUUCCUACGCAGGCCAGCCCCAAAGAUUGUUUUGACCCAGCAUCCUAUAUCAUAGGACCAGAAGAAGAUCUCCCAAGAAAAAUGGAAUAUCUGGAAUUUGUUUGUCAUGCACCUUCAGAAUAUUUCAAAUCUCGAUCGUCUCCAUUCCCUACUGUUCCCACAAGACCUGAGAAAGGCUAUAUAUGGACUCACGUGGGACCUACUCCCGCUAUCUCUAUUAAAGAGACUGUUACCAAUAAUUUAUGAUCUUUUUAAAGGAAUACUUUGGACAAGUUAUUUUGGGUGUAUUCUCAGGUCUGUGAACCCCAUACAAGAAAUUUAAAAAAAACUAUAAAAUGUUCAUUUUACUAUAUGGAUUAUGGUAUUUAUUUAUUUUGAAUUAUACCAGAUCUUUAAAGUGGAAGUUUUCUUUACAUUUGAUGCAUCAUUUCCGUGCUCUGUUCUUCAGACAGUAUUGCUCAUUUUGGGACAAAACCACUAGUUUCAUGACUUC